AUGUCUGUGAGAAAUUGGCACCUGCAAGAACAUCGUCUUGCUGCAACCUUUCCGUCGUCAGCAGAAUCAUACAUGCUUCAUGUUGCUCCCAGGAAAUAAAGGAAGACAAACCGGAGAGCAGAGGCAGGGCAGACAGUACUGUAGCUUUUGUCAACGCAGCUUGUUGCUGCUACUGUUUUGUCCUAAUCGACUGCCUGAGCUCUGUCAAAUGUCUCUUCUCUCACUCUUCCUCGCCUCCCGAGUGCGCACGCCGACAGCAUCCUUUUUAGUCAACCUUCUUCUUUUUCUUCCCCUCUCUCGGGCACCAUGUCGUUCUUUGUGUUCACUUGUUCUCCUCGAGACCAGUUCGGUGAGCUGCUCAACUCCCACCUCGUGUCAGUGUCAUCUAGUCAUCGAUUAGUACUCGAGGGCUGAUAAAAAGGACUCCAAGGACGGCAUGUAUCUCUCGUCGUUCGUCGCUGUUUGAUCACCAUCUGUUUCUUGUCUCAUCGGCAUGUAUCUCCAAGAAAUGAGGAGCAUCACCGCAAGAGGUUCCCUUGAGUCCUUGUCCUUCUCCAGGAGACACUUCCAUUGGAUAGUUGGAAAGCUGGGUGGCGGCGAAGGGAAAAGGUUUGGAGAAGAGGAGGAGGAAGAGGAGGGAAUCCUUGCGUUCUCCAGCGUCAGCUCGGCACGGUAUGCUUACGGUGACGAGGCGUCGGUGAAGCUGGAGACGGCUCAGCCGCAGUCCGAGAGGAAGAAGGUGCUUUCGGCUUCAGCCGCCGGAAAAGCCGUGUCGAGGCUCCGGUCGGUGCUGUCGUUUGCAAUCGGCAGUCGGCACCGUCAACUGGGCCUCGGCCGCCGGGUCACCGGCACUCUGUACGGCCGCCGGGGAGGCCACAUGCACUUCGCGAUCCAGGUGGAUCCCCGAGCGUGCCCCGCGAUGCUGAUCGAGCUCGCGACCUCCACCCGCGCACUGGUGAGGGAGAUGGCGUCGGGGUUGGUGAGGAUCGCUCUGGAGUGCGAGCGGCGGGCAGGGACCGGGAACCGGCGGCUGCUGGAGGAGCCCCUGUGGCGGGCCUACUGCAACGGCAAGAAGCACGGCCACGCCGCGCGGCGCGAGUGCGGACCGGCGGACUGGAGGGUGCUGCGGGCGGUCGAGCCGGUGACGAUGGGGGCCGGGGUCCUGCCGGCGGACGGCGGCGCCGACGGGGAGGUGAUGUACAUGAGGGCGAGGUUCGAGCGCGUGGUGGGUUCCCAAGACUCCGAAGCCUUCUACAUGAUGAAUCCCGACAGGAGCGGCGGCCCUGAGCUCACCAUUUACUUGCUUCGAGUUUGAUGACAACUCUUUUCUUGCAUGGCUUCACCACCUGUUGUUUCUCAUGCCAUUAUGCAUUGUUCUUCUCUCAUGUUGUGUGUGUAUGUAAUUUGGAAUGCUGGUCAACUGUGGCAGAAUCUAUUGCUCGGAAAGAGCGAGAAUGAAGUAUGCACAGUAUCAAGUCAGGUAGUGCAAUAUUCCUCUUUGGAAGAGAGAAGUUUAAGGUGUUCUAUGGAUGAAUG